CACCAUGGGGACCGCGGCGGCUCCGCGGCGCUUCUGCCGCUGCGCCUGCUUCUGCUCCGAGAACUUGUACGUGGCGCGCUACGGCCUGCACGUGCGCUUCCGGAGCGAGCAGCAGCUGCGCCAGGACUACGGCCCCAUCCUGCGCAGCCGAGGCUGUGUCAGCCCCAAGGACUUCCAGCAGCUGUUGGGAGAGCUUGAGAAGGAGGUGGAGCGGCGGCAGCGGCUGGGGCAGGAGUCGGCCGCCAGGAAAGCCCUCAUUGCGAGCUCCUACCACCCAGCACGGCCCGAUGUCUACAGCUCACUGCAGGAUGUGGCUCUGGCCCCCAAGUUUCUGGCCGCAGCUGAGUACAGCACAUCGCCAGGUGCAGACCUCCAGGGCCUUCUCCAGCGGCUGGAGACAGUUUCUGAGGAGAAGCGUAUCUACCGGCUGCCGGUGUUCACAGCGUCGUUCUGCCAGGCCCUGCUGGAGGAGCUGGACCACUUCGAGCAGUCAGACAUGCCCAAGGGAAGACCCAACACCAUGAACAACUAUGGGGUGCUGCUACACGAGCUGGGCCUGGAUGAGCCACUGGUGACGCCACUGAGGGAGCGCUUCCUGCAGCCGCUGAUGGCCCUGCUGUACCCAGAGUACAGGGGCUGGCUGGACAGCCACCGCGCCUUUGUGGUCAAAUACGCGCCAGGCCAGGAUCGCGAGCUGGGCUGCCACUACGAUAACGCCGAGCUCACCCUCAACGUGGCCCUGGGCAAGGCCUUCACGGGGGGUGCUCUCUACUUUGGGGACCUCUUCCAGGCGCCUUCGGCCCUGGUCAACCCCCUGGAGGUAGAGCACGUGGUGGGCCAGGGCAUCCUGCACCGUGGGGGCCAGCUGCACGGGGCCCGCCCCCUGGGCACUGGUGAGCGUUGGAACCUGGUCGUCUGGCUCCGCGCCUCUGCUGUGCGCAACCGCCUCUGCCCCAUGUGCUGCCGCAAGCCCGACCUGGUGGAUGAUGAGGGCUUCGGCGACGGCUUCACCCGCGAGGAGCCCGCCACGGUGGACGUGUGUGCUCUGACUUGAGCCUGGCUGGGGCCAGUGUGGCGGGGUGAGGGGCGGAAAUAAACACCCUGCAGCCCUCAGCACAUCUUGGUUCAAAAGGA